AUGUCAUCCGACAAAGCAUCACUUCGCUACGCACAUCGUGAAGACAUUCCCACUAUUCUGGCUCUCAUCCGCGAACUUGCAGAUUACGAAAAUGCAAGCUUUGCUCGUACUCUCCUCAUCACUGAACCAGAUGGAACCGUAGCCGGAAUGGCAGUCUACUUCUUCAAUUUCAGUACCUGGACUGGUGUUCCAGGAAUUUACCUUGAAGAUUUGUUCGUGAAAGAAGCAUAUCGGAAAAAGGGCUAUGGCAAGAGGCUUUUGAAAGAGCUCGCGGCACUAGUUCUCGAGGCUGGAGGCAAGAGGCUGGAAUGGAGUUGUUUAGAUUGGAAUGAGCCCAGCCUCAAUUUCUAUCAGAGUGAGGUGAUUGGUGCGAAGAGGAAAAACGAAUGGGUGGGAUUACGGGUUGAGGGAGAUGCAUUGGCCAAGUUGGCAAACUCAUGA